GGCCCAACUACCGCCUGCGCCGCGGAGCGCCCCCGUGGCUGCAGGCGUCGCUGCGCGGGCAGGACGUGGUGCUCGGCAUCAGCGACGACGUUCCGCUACUUCCCGGGACGUCUCAUGCGACCUUGGAGGCGCCGCCUGCGUGUCACCGACUCCGCCAGGCGCCCCAGGGGGCCUGUGGCCGGCCGAGCUGCGCCUCGAUUCCGAGUGCUGGGAGACGAGGAGACGCGCUCCCUGUGCGCCGCCAACAACUCCACGGCGACGCUGUGUUUCUGGCAGUCCAUGGACAUGCAGUUGCUGGAAGAGUCCCCUGGAGUCGACCUAGGACCUCCAGGUCCCACGUAUUUGCAAAAUUUCUGCCGACAAACAUUUCGUUAUCGCUUGGAUGACGAGUCGUCCAGCGACGCGCUGGCGGUGCGCCCGCUCGAGGCGCCGGACGGCGAGUGGCGACUGCAGAGCACGCGGCCCCUGGACCGCGAGGCGGACGCUGCGGCCCCUGGCGGCGGGCCUACGCAACACGCUCGCCUGCUCUGCUCUGCGGCCGGCGGCGGCGAAGGCCGCAAGGAGGCGGGCCACGCCGUUGACGUCCGCGUGCACCUCAUCGACAGGGAUGACAACCCGCCCGAGAAGCAGGCCAGCGACCUCGUCGUCUACCUCAGCACCAACCACCUGCUGAAGCGUUCACAGUACGCCCAGUCGGAUUUGAUAAUGUUCGACAAAGAUUCGAGCCAGCAGCAGCGCUACGAAGGGGUGGUAUUGAAGGACCCCUUGGAGUUGUGGGACUUCCACUGCGGCCCACCCCUCGACAUCACCUUCCGAUGGACGUUUGAACAUUCCGUCAUCCGCUGUUAUAUAACACCUUUGGAGAACCGCACCUUAUUGCCGAAUUCUGAACACAACUUGACCCUCUUGGUCAACGACGUAACAAUGGAGUCUCUUCAUGCGGGUGUUGAUGGCAAGGUGAGUACAACUAAGAAUUCUUCGUCUGACGCCGGCGUCCGGCCAGCUGUCUGCGUUGAAGGCGUGUCCAACCCUUCCCGAUAUCACGUGAUAUCAACCGACCCCACCCAACCCAUCUCGGCCACGCCCACACGAAUCCUUCUCCCGACCUCAAUACGUCAUUCA